AUAUCCUGGUGUAACCUCAAUUUCUACAGACUUGCUUGGGAAAACGGGCAAAGAGACAGACGGGGAGAGAUGCACACAUUGACAUUGCUACUUGCAGCACUGCAUACGACUAGUAAAAGUGGUAACUAGGGGAGCAUGACUUAACUAGUUGUGGUGAAAAUUAUGGGAUGGAUUGUCAUGGCAACAGACCAGACGUCACAAUCUGGGCAUGUGUGUUCCAGUUUUGUCUCUUUCUUAUUUUCAGACUGGAGGACUUGGAUAGAGAAGAGUGUAAAAGGAAAUACAUGUUUUCCUACAAAAAGAGGGAAGUCAUCAUUCUUGAAAAUAUACAGAUAUACAUUUUAUUUACACAAGACCCAAAUAAUUAUUUUCGGGGAGGCAAUACGAGGUGAACAGUGGCGUUUUGAGGGUUAACUUUCAGUUAAUUCUCAGGCAAGAGGUUUUUUGGUAUGCGAUAAAGAUGCCUGGGUCGUUAAGCAAUGAAGACGAGGGACAAGAGGACAUGGAUUUUGAAGACGAAAUACCAGAUGAGGAUGAGGAUGGUCAACGUAACACUGUCCCGCUCACACCUCUGGACAGCUUUUUCACUGACAACGACUCCCUCAAACAACAGAAGAAGAAGAAACCCAAAAAGAUGAAGGAGGGAAAGAUGCCCAAAGUCAAGAAGAGGAAAAAGGAGGGAGGAGGAGGUGGAGGAGUAGGAGGUGGUGGCAGUGACUUGAAGGAGCAGAUCCCUGAGCGGGAGGAUGACCGUCCACUGCAGGGUCCAGAGAUUGGCUCAGAGAGCGAGAGCAGCACCUACGCCUCUACCACAAAGAAGAAGAAGAAACCUAAGGAUAAGAAAGAGAAGAAACCCAAACGGAAGAAGAGAGAAGAGGAGGAGGAGGAUGACGAUGAUGAUGAUGACGAAGAUGAUGAAAAUAAUAAGGAGCCCAAGUCGUCCAGUCAGCUGAUGCAGGAGUGGGGUCUGGAGGAUGUGCAGUAUGGCUUCACAGAGGAGGACUAUACAACCCUCACCAACUACAAGGCCUUCAGCCAGUUCCUCAGGCCACUUAUUGCCAAGAAGAACCCUAAGAUCCCCAUGUCAAAGAUGAUGACAGUGUUAGGGGCCAAGUGGCGAGAGUUCAGCGCUAACAACCCCUUCAAAGGCACCUCUGCAACUGCUGUGGCUGCUGCGGUGGCUGCUGCCGUGGAAACGGUCACCGUUGCCUCACCCACCUCUGUCAAAGAGAUCACUACACUGUCAAGUUCUCAGCCUGGGCAAAUCAGAAAAGCCAAAACCAAAGAGGGAAAGGGGCCUGGGGUUCGACGGAAAACAAAGACUGUAAAGGAGGUAAAGAAGAAAAGUAAAGGGAGGAAGACCAAAACAAAGAAGAAAGCAUCCUCGAGUGAGGAGGACUUUGGGCUGGAGGAGUCGGACUUUGAUGAUGUCAGCAUCCACAGUGCCUCGGUGCGCUCUGAUACCUCAGGGAAUGCCAAGAAGAAAGCCCGGAAGGGUCGGAAAAAAAGGAAAAGAGAGGAUGGGGAUGGCUAUGAGACAGACCACCAGGACUACUGUGAGGUGUGCCAGCAGGGAGGGGAGAUCAUCCUGUGUGACACCUGUCCCAAAGCCUAUCACCUGGUGUGUCUGGACCCUGAGCUGGAGAAAGCUCCCGAGGGCAAGUGGAGCUGCCCCCACUGUGAGAAGGAGGGCAUCCAGUGGGAGGCCAAAGAUGAUGACGAUGAGGAAGAGGAGGUUGCGGUUGAGGAAGAGGACGACCACCUGGAGUUCUGCAGAGUGUGUAAAGACGGAGGGGAGCUGCUGUGCUGUGACACCUGCCCCUCCUCCUACCAUAUCCACUGCCUCAACCCUCCACUGCCUGAGAUACCCAAUGGGGAGUGGCUGUGCCCACGCUGCAUGUGCCCACCUCCAAAGGGGAAGGUACAGAGAAUUCUCCACUGGAUUUGGGGGAACCCCCCCUUACCAACUGAGGUGCCCCCUGGCCCCAAUGGAGAGACUGUGGACCCGCUGGUAAAGCCCCCCCUGAAGGGCCACCCGGAGAGGGAGCUGUUUGUCAAGUGGGCUGGUCUCUCCUACUGGCACUGCUCCUGGGUCAGUGAACUGCAGUUGGAGCUGUACCACGCGGUGAUGUACCGUAACUACCAGAGGAAGAACGACAUGGACGAGCCACCUCCGUACGACUACGGCUCUGGGGAGGAGGAGCUGAACAACGAGAAGAGGAAGAGUAAAGACCCAGAGUACGCUGCCAUGGAGGAGAGAUUCUACCGCUACGGCAUCAAGCCAGAGUGGAUGGUCAUCCACAGGAUCCUCAACCACAGUUAUGAUAAGGAUGGGGAUGUGCACUACCUGAUCAAGUGGAGAGACCUGCCCUAUGACCAGUGCACCUGGGAGGUGGAUGACUUUGACGUCCCUGAGUAUCACAACGCCAAACACUCCUACUGGGACCACAGGGAGCAGAUGAUUGGUGACGACCAGCGCCCUUUAGUGGUGAGAAAGGGAAAGAAGGGCAAAGAGGAGGAGAAGAGGAGGGAGAGAGAAAUCCCUCCUAACGCUCCAAUCAUAGAUCCUACCAUCAAGUUUGAACAUCAACCCUGGUACAUCAAUGCCACUGGGGGAACCCUACACCCGUACCAGCUGGAGGGGUUGAACUGGCUGCGGUUCUCCUGGGCACAGGGCACAGACACUAUCCUGGCAGACGAGAUGGGCCUGGGCAAGACUGUCCAGACCAUCGUGUUCCUCUACUCACUCUACAAAGAGGGUCACUCCAAAGGGCCAUACCUGGUCAGUGCCCCCCUGUCCACCAUCAUCAACUGGGAGAGGGAGUUUGAGAUGUGGGCCCCAGACUUCUACGUGGUGACCUACACUGGGGACAAAGAAAGCCGGGCGGUCAUCCGGGAGAACGAGUUCACCUUCGAGGACAGUGUGGUCAAGACAGGCCGCAAGGUCUUCCGUAUGAAGAAAGACACGGCCAUCAAGUUCCAUGUGUUGCUGACGUCAUAUGAGCUAAUCACCAUCGAUCAGACCAUUCUGGGCUCCAUUAACUGGGCCUGUCUAGUGGUGGACGAGGCCCACAGACUGAAGAACAACCAGUCAAAGUUUUUCAGAAUUCUCAAUGGGUAUAAGAUCUACUAUAAGCUGCUACUGACUGGCACUCCUCUGCAGAACAACCUGGAGGAGCUGUUUCACCUGCUCAACUUCCUCACCCCAGAGAGAUUCAAUAACCUGGAGGGGUUCCUGGAGGAGUUUGCAGACAUCUCCAAGGAGGACCAGAUCAAGAAGUUGCAUGAUCUGCUGGGCCCACACAUGCUCAGGAGACUGAAGGCUGACGUCUUCAAGAAUAUGCCUUCCAAGACAGAGCUCAUUGUACGAGUGGAGCUCAGCCCCAUGCAGAAGAAGUACUACAAGUUUAUCCUGACGCGGAACUUUGAGGCGCUCAACUCCAAGGGCGGGGGCAACCAGGUGUCCCUGCUCAACAUCAUGAUGGACCUGAAGAAGUGCUGCAACCACCCCUAUCUGUUCCCCGUGGCAGCUGUGGAGGCACCAGUGUUACCCAAUGGCUCUUAUGAUGGGAACCAGCUGGUCAAGUCCUCAGGCAAACUCACCCUGCUCCAGAAGAUGCUGAAGAAACUCAAAGAUGAAGGACACAGAGUUCUCAUCUUCUCCCAGAUGACUAAGAUGCUGGAUCUGCUUGAGGACUUUCUGGAAUACGAGGGCUACAAAUAUGAACGCAUUGAUGGAGGCAUCACAGGGGGACUACGACAGGAGGCUAUCGACCGCUUCAACGCACCGGGUGCUCAGCAGUUCUGCUUCCUCCUCUCCACCCGAGCUGGAGGCUUGGGCAUCAACCUGGCCACGGCAGACACCGUCAUCAUCUACGACUCAGACUGGAACCCUCACAACGAUAUCCAGGCAUUCAGCAGGGCCCACCGUAUAGGUCAGAACAAGAAGGUGAUGAUCUAUCGCUUUGUGACGCGGGCCAGCGUGGAGGAGCGCAUCACCCAGGUGGCCAAGAGGAAGAUGAUGCUGACCCACCUGGUGGUGAGGCCCGGCCUGGGCUCCAAGACCGGCUCCAUGUCCAAACAGGAGCUGGACGACAUCCUCAAGUUCGGCACUGAGGAGCUCUUCAAGGACGAGAUGGAGGCAGCUGCACGGGCCAUGGGUUCGCAUCAAAAACUCUGUAAGAAUAAUGGGGACAUAAAGGAUGGAGAUGAGGGCAGUGUCAUUCACUAUGAUGACAAUGCCAUCUCCAAGCUGCUGGACCGUAGCCAGAAUGCCACGGAGGACACUGAGAUCCAGAACAUGAACGAAUACCUCAGCUCCUUCAAGGUGGCCCAGUAUGUUGUCAAAGACGAGGACGCAGAGGAGGAGCCCCAGCGGGAGAUCAUUAAGCAGGAGGAGAAUGUGGAUCCAGACUACUGGGAGAAGCUACUGAGGCACCACUAUGAGCAGCAGCAGGAGGACCUGGCCCGCAACCUGGGCAAAGGCAAACGCAUCCGCAAGCAGGUCAACUACAACGACACGUCUCAGGAGGACCAAGAGUGGCAGGAUGAUCUUUCAGACAAUCAUUCCGAGUACUCCGUGGGGUCCGAGGACGAGGACGAAGAUUUCGAGGAGAGGCCGGAAGGUGGGCGCAGGCAUUCUCGCAGGCAGCUGAAGAGUGACAGGGACAAACCUCUGCCACCCCUGCUGGCACGCGUAGGGGGCAAUAUCGAGGUGCUGGGGUUCAACGCCCGUCAGCGGAAGGCCUUCCUCAACGCUAUCAUGCGCUGGGGCAUGCCUCCUCAGGACGCCUUCAACUCUCACUGGCUGGUCAGAGACCUGAGAGGGAAAAGUGAGAAAGAGUUCAGGGCCUACGUGUCCCUGUUCAUGAGACAUCUUUGUGAGCCCGGGGCAGACGGGGCGGAGACCUUUGCAGAUGGGGUUCCACGAGAAGGGCUGUCCCGUCAGCAUGUCCUCACCAGGAUUGGGGUUAUGUCACUGGUCAGGAAAAAGGUCCAGGAGUUUGAGCAUGUGAAUGGGAAAUACAGCACUCCAGACCUGAUCCCUAUUGGACUGGAGCUGAAGAAACUGACUGAGAGUCUGUCCUCUGACCCCAACACCCCCGUCCCUGCUAGCCCUGCUGCCACACCCCAGCCUCCUGGAAGUCCUGUCCCACCAGAGAAGAUGGACUCGAUCUCAGGGCCUGCUGAAGACAAGGAGCCCACAGAACAGGAAUGCAAGAAGCUGCCAGAACUGGAGACUCAUGUUAGUACAGAGUCAUCAUCCCAGGUAGAGAAGACGGACAUCGCUCCUGACAGUGAUGAGACAGAGAAAGGCAGCACAGAGGACAAACCAGUCUCCUCAGAGGAGUGCAGUGAAAUGACAGACAUACCCUCCGCACUGAUAGAGCCAUCCAUCAAUCCUAAAGAGCCUCCAUCCAUACAGACAGAGCUGUUGUCCAAUCAAAGCUCACCAAAAGCGGAGCCCUGUCGAGAGACAGAGAAGUCCUUAGAAAAAGGAGACUGUGAUCCUGCUCCAGCCAAACCUGAGGAGAAGGAACUGAAUCCAGUUGUUUCAGACGAGGCCAAGAGCGAGGACUUGCUCGCGCCCGAGGGACGGCUGAAUGGAGAAAAAGAAGCACAGGAGGAGAUGGAGGAGGUCAGGAGGGAGUUACUGGAGAAGAAGGGUUUCAAGAUGAGGUUCAUGUUCAACAUUGCCGACGGAGGCUUCACAGAGCUGCACACCCUGUGGCAGAACGAGGAGCGGGCUGCCGUGUCAUCUGGGAAGAUGUAUGACAUCUGGCACCGUCGCCACGACUACUGGCUACUGGCUGGCAUCGUAACACAUGGCUAUGCCCGUUGGCAGGACAUUCAGAACGACCCACGCUAUGCCAUCCACAAUGAGCCCUUCAAGACUGAGAUGCACAAGGGAAAUUACCUGGAGAUGAAGAACAAGUUCCUGGCUCGUCGCUUUAAGCUGUUGGAGCAGGCUCUGGUGAUAGAGGAGCAGUUGAGGAGGGCAGCGUACCUGAACAUGACCCAGGACCCCAGCCACCCGGCCAUGGCCCUAAACACUCGCUUUGCUGAGGUGGAGUGUCUGGCUGAGUCUCACCAGCACCUGUCCAAGGAGUCUCUGGCUGGAAACAAGCCAGCCAACGCUGUGCUGCACAAAGGUCUGUCAUCUCCCAGUGUGUACACAGCAGCAGGACUAAAACACUGUCUACAAACUCAAGAUCUGGUACUGAACCAGCUGGAGGAGCUGUUAAGUGACAUGAAGGCGGAUGUGACGCGGCUUCCCAACAUGUUGUCCCGGAUCCCCCCAGUGUCUUCGCGUCUGCAGAUGUCUGAGAGGAGCAUCCUCAGCCGCCUCACCAGCCGCGGCAACGAACCUCCGCCCCAACAGCCGUUCGGCCAGGGCUCAUUUGCCUGUUCCCAGAUGUACAGCACUGGCUUUGGUGGCAGUUUCCGGGGGCCUGCAGGUGAAGCCAUGGUCAACUAUAGCCAGAUGCCCCUGGGACCCUAUGUCAGUGUGUCCAACGGCCCCCCUCCUCCAUCCAGCCACUUGGACAAGAAGUCCUGCGACCACCUGAGGGAUGUCACCACCCCUGACCUUAAGUCAGGCAAGCCCAGUGAUGUUAUCUGUAUUGAAGAUUAGGUAAUCUACUCCAAAACUGAUCUGGAGUCAGCCAAGCCAAGGGAUGAUAGGAUAACACUAAGAACAUUACACUGAUGUAUCUGUCUAUCGUAUCAAUUGCACUUCUAUCUUUCAAGGAUUCUUCAACAUACUUUGCUGUAGCUAUUUGCUUUUAUGACUUAGGUUGGUGAGUCAAGCAGAGGAACUGUCUAUUAGGAUGUGAGAGUCAAACGACCUCAUACGCCCCGACCUCUGCUACCUGACAUGUGGAAGCAUGUUCCCCUGCUCAGAUGUUGCAUGCAUCAACAAAUGGUUGGGUGCUACGCCAUCGACUGUGCCAUCGGGCACCACAUGGCUAUACAUAAAAUACCUAUCCAGGGGUUGUAAGUUCUGCCAUGUGUCAGCAACGGCUGGGCAGAGGAACACGACCGUGGUGAUCUUGUAGGAGGACUGGAACUGCCCUGUCUUGGCUACAGGGAGAGCUGGGAAAGUCAAAGUUCACAUGAAGAUGAGCCAGUGGAGCUGCCAAGGCUGCUGUAAUGAGACUUAUCUGUGUCUAUUUAUUCCAUUUAGGCCUGGCUCUGCUCCUUCGUUCUGAGUCUUUUCCUCCUGCGUUCAUCAUUGGCCUCUUCAUUGAGCAGCGGGACUGACCUCUGCUGGAGCUUUGUGCUUUAGCUACAUACAAAUAGAAGGAAAACCACGAAGGCAUAAGUCUCCCCUCCUAGAAUUAUAGAGAUGAUAAGUGGGUGCUCAUACAGCAGCCAAUUCUCUGGUCAAUUGUAGUACAUGUGUUUGUUUUUAUAGUUUCGGGGCAGAGCCUUGAGUUGGAACUUGUAAGAAUAAGAGUGACUUUAAGGAAGUACAGCUGCACUAUGCCUCAACCCAUAAAGACUGCCAUCUCCCGCCUCUGGAGAAAGGGAUCCUAGUUACAGAGCAAGCUACUAAUAUACUAAGGGUUCCCCCUUGUAAUGUACAUAGUUCAAGAGAGUGCUGUUUAUUUUGCCUUGCAUAAUCAUUGUGAAUUUAAUGCAUACAUGCAUAACACUGUAACAGGCUGGAUUAGUGCAAAAAGUGACGAUCACAUAGAAGUUACAGAACAUAUCUAACUGUGGUACAGUUUGUAACCAUUUGUACAUUUCAGAAGAGACUCAAGACUAGCCUAUUUCUGCCAGUGGUAUGGUACAUGUAUUUCUUUAACAUUUGAAUGUGAUUAUUGGCUGUUGCCUGCUACACAUACAGCUCCUCCCUCCCUGUUCCAUUUUGAGAAAUGAUAAAUCAAAAAAGUGCUUUUGACUGUGCGUCCGUCACCUUUUGGCCUAGGUUUCAUGUUUUCCAUGAAAAGUGCUUUAUUGUGUGUUCUUCAUGUUAAGGUAAAGUGUUAUUUCAGUAUUUACUGCUUUAGUGCCACUAAAAGACGGCUGCUCACUCCGUGUCCUGGAUGGCUAACGUCCCAGGUUGUAUGCUGAUAAUCUUAGACUUUGGUGAAAAUGUUUUCAUUAAGAAGUGAGGGCAGUGGUGGAAUUAUCAUGUUGGAAUUCAUCAUCUAUAGAUUAGAAUCUUCAUAGAUAUUAGCCAUCAAGGAACAUGGUUGGAGAGCAUUGCAGAAAAAGUAUCAAAACGUAUUUUUAUGUUUCUUUUUAUAUAUGGGUUCCUUGGAAGAGAACUGUUUAUUGCAUUGCGUGUUGUGAGGACUAAACUGUAUCAGAGCGACAGCAUGGAUUCACUUGACAAUACUGUUUAUUCCAUCUGUCUGCUAAUGUGAUUGUCCAAAGUGAAACUACUGUUUUAUGUGUUUAAUGAGACUUCAUUUGUUCAGAUUUUUCAAGAAUGUGUGUAUUCAAUUUUCUCAUUGCAAUGUUUGCUCUUAUUUUUCUCUCAAAGAGUGGAGGCAUUACCUAUUUGUAUUGUUUUUAAUGACAGGGCUAUAGCACUUAUAGUAUGUGGAGGUUUUGAGAAAGAAAUUGUGAAUGGACCAUCCUGAACUGAAGAGAUUCCUGUAUACAGGGUCUGAUUGUAGCUCUGCGCUGGCGGCUUUUUAUAUGAAUCUCCUGAGGUGCUCUGUCAUGCCCUCUGUUGGCUGGAAUGUGUAACUACAUAUUGUUUCAGUUGUUGAUCCCAAAUGGACCGCUAAACCCUACUCCCUAUGCACCUGUGGAGGUCUGAGAGGAUUUUAACGGUAUAAGCAACAUGGCAAGACGUCCAGAUAGUGUAUCAUAGGGCAAGGUGGAGCUAUAACCAUAUUGCUUACAUCAAAUCCUCUAAGAUCUCCCAAGGGAAUAGGGCGUACUGUAGGUCUUAAGGCUCCAUUUGGGAUUGGGCCACUGUCUUCUCAGACAAAGCACUUCACCUGAAGUUUAGAUAGGAAUUUCAACAAAUAGGGCACAUAUCAGUUCGUAAGCUAUUAUUUUGCACCCAAUUGAGUGCGUGUUUAUCAGUGAUGUUCUGUCCAUGGAGAGUGCAGUCCCAGUGUUUCUGUUCAGCCUGUUACUCCAUUUGUAAGUCAUGUGAGGGUCCCUGUGUGAACUAAAGUGUUGCUUUGGAUGGUUUGGACAAGACCCACACCUUGUCAUAAAUUGGAAUUGUGUCACUGGACAGAAGCAAAUAGCAAUGCUAUGUAAAUACUAAGAUUUCCAGUGUUUUGUCUCUCUCAUACUCUUAUCGAUCAUGUACCUAACUAUACUGAAAAAAAUAUAAACUCAACAUGCAACAAUUUAAAAUAUUUUACUGAGUUACAAUUCAUAUAAGGAAAUCAGUCAAUUGAAAUGAAUUAAUUAGGCCCUAGUCUAUGUAUUUCACAUGACUGGGCAGGGUUGUAGCCAUGAGUGAGCCUGGGUGGCAGCCAGGCCCAGCCAAUCACAUGACCAGGCCCACCCAUUGGGGAGCCAGGCCCAGCCAAUCAGAAUGAGUUUUUCCCCACAAAAGGGUUCUCCCCCCCUGUGCUGGACGUGGUUUGCGGUUGUGAGGCCGGUUGGACGUACUGCCAAAUUCUAUAAAACGACGUAGGUGGCAGCUAAUGGUAGAGAAAUUAACAUUCAAUUCUCUGGCAACAGCUCUGGUGGACAUUCCUGCA